UCUAUUCAUUUGCUAUCGGUGAUAAUAAAUUCGUGACAGUUGUAUAAUCCUUGUAUUUACUUGUAAUAAUUACGUUAUCCAUUUUCAUUAGGCAUUUUCUAUACACUACAGAUAUAGAUAAUAAACCUAAUCUCAAUGGACCACAUACUGAGUAUUAGGUCUAUGUUAUUAUCUAUAUCUAUGUUCAUCAACAUAGUUCAUGCGUGAUAAUAAAAUAAUGAGGAAAUUUUAAUUAGAACACCACUAAUUUAGUUCACUCAACGAUUAAUCAAAUUUGGUGCGAUGUACAUCCCAUAUAACGCAUAAAAAUGUUGUAUAAUGCGUUUAAUAAUAAAGAACGGUUAACCUAGAUUUAAUUUUUUUAGAUAACUAAUAUGUAAUUUCAAAUUAAAAAAAAAAUUGUUUUAAAUUAUAGUUAAAGAAUUGUUCAAAGAAUUAUGUCUUUGUUUCCUGCGUAUUUAAAUAAUGCCGGAUCCCCAGGUGAAGAGUUGCUACAUAAUGAAGAAAAAACUUUAUCGUCAGAAUGGCUUAAAAACUCAAGUUUUGAACCAAAUGCAUCAGAAUUAUUAAACAAAAAAACUGUUGAUAAAACAAAAAAAUUAAAUGUUCACGAAUCUUACAAAUUAUAUAAGAAAAGACAUGGAAAAUCUAGUAAAAAACAUUUUAAAGAAAAAAAUUUAUUUAUAAAAUCUAAAGAUGCUAUUAAAAAUAAAAUUAUUGAUUGUGAAUUAGUAAUGUUUGAUCGAAAACCCGAGCUUGGAAAUUUAAAAGUAGACAAAUUAUAUAGACCUGCGGCUCCUAAUUUCCACUUUAUCAAAUACAAAUAUUUAAAUGAAUAUGGUUGGGUAUACAAAAAAUCUAAACCAAAAAAAUUAAAGCGUUAUUAUUGUUAUAAAGAAAAAUACUUUGGAGAUAUUUCUAUAGAGAUAAAUAAUGAUGAUAAUGACUUAAAAGAAAAUAAAUUAUUGUUAAAUUCUCCAUUGAAUGAUAAUUUAGCUAAUGAAAAUUCAAAUUUAAAUUCAGUUAAGUGUGAAAAAAAUUUGACCCUUAGGAUUUCUGACUAUAAUAGAUGUUUGUUAGAAAAUCCUAAGGAUGUAAAAUUAUGGAUUGAGUUUGUAAAUUUUCAGGACACAUUACAUAAUUUGAAUAAAAAUUAUGGUUCAAGAACUUUGUCAAAUAGAAAUUGUAUUUUGGAAAAAAAAUUAGCUAUAUUGGAUAAAGCUCUUUUAGAAAACCCAGAAUGUCAUAUACUAUUAGAUAAAAGAUGGACAAUUGCUGCUGAAUUAUUAACAUCAGAUAAGAUGAAAGAAGAACUGCUAAAAGAAAUUAAUAAAUGUAACUCUACAAAUUUAACUCUAUGGUAUCAUUAUAUAAAUGUGAUUCAAAGCUCUUUAUCAGACUGUAAUAAUAUUGAUGUGCUGAAAAGUUAUUCUGAUGCAAUGUUUGCAAUUAAUAAAGUAAAAUAUAAUCUACAAAUUGAAAAAAAAAUAGAAAUUGAUAAAAAAAUUGUUGAAUUAUUUUUUAAAUGUGGUUUGUUUUUAAGACAAGCUGGACAUUAUGAGCAAUUAUUAACACUCAUAAAUAUGUACUUAACUGUUAAUAUUAAUAAUUUUGAUAAUAGCUUAAUGGAAAAGUUUUACAUGCAUACUUCAGAGGACAUUCUGUUCAGUAAUGAUUUUAAAGCUAUGCCAUUAAAUAAAGCUUGGUAUCAAGUUGAAACAUUAAGAACACGUGAUCAUUGGAUUCCACUACCAAAGAAUUUAGCAGAUUCUAGUGAUGAUCCCCAAAGAGUAGUUUUACCUGAAGAUGUAUCUGAAUUAGUACAACCUAUAACUAAUCAUCACACAGUAGUAGUCAAUUUGGUGUCUGUGUGUUGUAUUUUAUUAAAAAUGCCAAUUUUACCUUAUCGACAUUUUGUUGUUCGACAAUUGGGCAUUGAUAACUAUCAUUUUAAUUUUGAAAGCCUAGAAAUGAUACUUAGCAGUAUAUUUAUGGCUUAUAAUUUUAAAAAUUAUAAUCAAAUUAAUGAUAGAGUAAGUGAUGUAUUAUUAGUUAUGUUGAAGACAGCUAUGCCACCUCAUUAUUAUGAUGAUGAAUCUACCCCUAGCAAAACAUACUCUAGUUUUGUAAUUUCUAUUUUAAGGCAUAUAACUGAUUGUUUGUAUGCUAUGGAUUAUACUUCUGAAGCAAAUAUUUUUUUAGUUUGGUGGUUAAGAUUUGAAAGAUAUAAAAUAGCUAUAAAAUCUACUUCAAAUAAUAGUAAACUAGUUUCAGAAGUCAAAUUAUUACUUCAAAAACCUCAAUACAGGAACAACAUUCCUUUGUUUAUUGAAUUUGCAUUAUUAAAGAAUCAAGUUGGAAAAGCUGAUGAUGCUUUAAAAAUUUUACAAAAAAUUAUUGAUUCACAACAUGUAUUGUUGGAUAGUAAACCCAUCUAUGAGAGUAUUACUUAUAGAGCAACUUUCACUGCGAUUUAUAGAAAUAUGCUUGAAAUAGUUAUACAAUUAAAUAACAGAGAUAGAGCUAUAAAAAUCUUGGUUGGUUUAGCUACAGGUAGUCUUCCUAAUAACGCAGAUUUGAAUUUUAUGGACCAAGCAAAUAAUACAUUUAAUAGAAUAACAAAUGAUUGCCUUGCUGAUCGUUAUCAAUUUUCUCAUUCCAAUUUAGCAUACAAUUUUUUACCACAGUUUUUUGUUGAGUGGGUUGCAUGUUAUGCUUGGUUUUUGUAUUUUACUCAAAAUAUACAAUCUGCUGUUUCUAUGAUUAAAAGAGUUAUAUAUCAAAUUGAAUAUAUUAUUGAAUCAAAUAAUUAUGAAACAAAUCAUGCAGCUGUGGAAAUUCUGUAUGAAACAUUGAUCAUAAUUUUAAAUCACUAUUGCAAUAAAUCUAAAACGGGACAUAAACAACUCAGAAAACAUUUACGAUACACUAUAUCAAAAUAUCCUCAGAAUAUGCAAUUUUUGUUUUCAAUGAUGUGGAAUGAGACUAAAUAUGGAGGUUUUGGAACUCCAUUAUGGCAAAUAGAAAAUGUUUAUAUUGAUCAAUUAAUUGCUGAAAAUUUAGAUGCAGCUAGAAUAAUGUUGAUUUUAAUAGGAAGAGAACGUUUACGAAUGGCUAGUGAAUUAGCUAAAGAUAAUUUUAAUACUUAUCAACUUUCAAUGUCUAAGUAUGGUGCUGGAAAUGAUUUGGAUUUAUUUAAUAAUACAUACCAAUUAUUUGAUUUCUUUAUAAGAAAUCUCAGUCAGAUAAAAGAAAUGAAAAAAUGUCCUAUGUUUUGGAGAUUGUUUUUGCAAUAUAUUGCUGAAAAUUCAUUAUCAGAUUAUAAAAAAUAUUUUUACGAGGCUAUUGAAAAUUGUCCUUGGCACAAGUUUAUAUAUUUGGAAGCUUCUUUCUAUUUGCCUGAUGAGUUGACCAAUAUUUGUGACAUACUAGUAGAAAAACAAUUAAGAAUACAUAUUACUCAAGAAGAAUUAUUAGUUUUGAGAGAAGACUGAUUAAAGGGAAAUUUAACAAUUAACAUUUAGUUAAUAUAAAUAUUUGUAGUAUUAGAUUUAUUAAAAAUUUAUUUUUAAUAAACUUAAAUUGUAUAUUGUAUAAUAAAUUUGUAAAUAAUAUGUUAUAUUUUAUUAUUAAUUUAAGCAUACUCAGUAAUAAUUAUAAUAUAAUAUACACAGAUUCAACAAC